AUGUCUGCGGAACAAGAUCAUUACGCAGUCCUCGGCUUGGGUCACAAUGCCAGCAUUGCAGAGAUAAAGACCGCGUUCCGCAAGGCUGCGCUUGCAACUCAUCCAGACAAAGGCCAGCGCGAAAUGACAGAGGCGUUCGUCAAGGUCAAAGCUGCGUAUGAUGUAUUGAGAGAUGAUAAGACCCGUGCAGAGUUUGACCAGAAACUCAAGAAGCGCAUCAACGAACGUAGCGAGCGCGGAGGACCGUACAGCGAGGACAAUUUCUCAUCGAAUGAAGGUGUCUACAGCACACAGGGACGGUACGGACAUCCUAUGGCUGAGUCUUCCAAGCCAAAUUUCCAUCCUCGAGCACAGAAUCCAGACGGGGAUGAUACAAGGGCCAAGGCUGACAAUCACAAUCAUAGAUACAACAACGCAGAAAGUAACUCCCAAAUGAACUAUCAGGCACAGUAUCCGCGCACCGAAGGACGAGCACCCAGACCCGCUACGAAGCAAAAAACAAGAGUGGAUUAUGGAACCCGCGAUCUGGAUGAGGUGAUUGACCUAGUGCGUACUGUCCUAGCUUCUGCCCGGGAAGCGAACCAGCUCGAUGUCAUAGAUGUCUUGCAAGAUGUUCUGAUAACCCUUGAACUAUAUACUAUCAGAAAUCUGAUCGCGUUCAGGAACUCUGUGCGGAAUCUAAGCAAAGGACAGCAUGUAGAUGCGUCGCUGAGGGACUUGAGAAUAUAUGUAAAGAUGCACAUUGAGUGGAAUGUACCUAAGUAGGAGAGGUUUCUCGGACGGUAAGUGUACUCAGGCAUAAUGUCACUUCCUCAGUAGUCCAUCACUAAUCUUUACUGAGGGAGU